CCCAUUGCCUUAUUUGGCAGAAAUUGCUUCUUGCGACGGGUUCGGGCACUUCUGAAUCUCAAACAACAUCACCGAAGCAAUUAUUAUAAAAGAACGCGUUUGAAUCAUGCCGAUACCACAUAUCAGAACCCGCAGUUCCUUAGCGAUAGACGUCCUUCUUCCACCACCACCAUCACCACCCCUCAUCCUUAGAAAUGUCCGGAAAGGCAGAACAGAACGUUGUCAUUGUUGGCGGUGGAUUCGCUGGGUUCCAAGUCGCUAAACAGCUCAGCAAAAAAUUAGACGCGAAAAGAUACAACCUCAUUCUUAUCAACUCCCGCUCUUACGCCGUUUCCCUUCCUGCAACCGUCCGUCUUGUCGUUGACGCAGAGUCCAAGUUGGAAGAAACCUCAUUCGUUAAGCUGGACAGGAUUUACGCGAAUGGCAAUGGAGAGACAAAAGUCGGUGUUGUGACCAGUAUUGAGGCACAGCCGGGCGUUCCUGGGGGUGCUGUGGUCCUUGCCACCGGGGAACGUAUCUCUUAUGCAGUCCUUAUCUUGGCUACUGGUUCAAAAUGGACUGGUCCAUCUGGCCUCCCAGAGAACGAGGAUGAUGUCCUGCCAUUUGUCACCGCAUGGCGCCACAAGUUCGCUAAAGCAAACCACGUUGUGAUCGUUGGCGGAGGUGCCGUUGGUAUCGAAUUGGCUGGUGAGGUGAAGGAUCUUUACCCGACAAAGAAGGUUACCAUUGUUCACGGUGGUAAUGAGCUCAUCAACGCUACCUACGGCAGCUCGCUCCGAAAGGGAUUGGAGAAACGCCUUCGUGUCCGCGGUGUGCAGUUCAUGUUCAACGAAUACAUCGAUGACAUUCCAGAAGCGGGUGUUGUUGGCAUCACUACUCGCAGUGGAAAGCACAUUUCGGACGCCGACUUGGUGGUAUCUGCUCGUGGUGGUCGCCCCAACACCGAUUACGUAACUUCCCUUGGUGAAGACGCUCUGAACGGACAUGGCUUCGUUAAGAUUAAGCCAACUAUGCAACUGCUCAAUCAUCCAUCCAUUUUCGCUUUAGGCGAUAUUAUCGAAUGGACCGAGCAGAAGCAGGUCGCCAAACUCAUGUGGCAUGUUCCCGUUGUCGUGACGAACGUAGUGGGCUUCUUAAACGGAGUCACCCCGACGAAGAAAUACGCUGGUGCUCCUGAGAUGAUUGUGAUCACGAAUGGAAGGAAAGGCGGCAUGGGCUACUUCGGGUUCUUCGGAGGGUUUACCCUGGGUGAUUGGUUUGCCUGGCUGGUCAAGUCAAGAGAUUUCAUGGUUUCACACUUCAGGAAGGAUCUCGGUUACUGAUUGUGUUAGGAAGGCUUCGUUGGACCUUGGAUAGCUGCAUACCUUCUACCUAGCUUUCACUGGCGUAUCGUACCUCGCUUAUGUUUUUUAUAAUUGCAUUCUAGUCAUUAUGAGUGAUUCAAAUUGGCCUUUUAAGUAGGUGUGUGAGGGUCCGCGGAUGUAAUUCGGCAUCGAAGAGAUAGCCGAUCAAGUUAUCCAGGGAUUGUGACGAGCGUGUAUCAGAUGAUAUCAACUAUCA